GCCACAUCGAACACAGGAACGCAUUUGCUGGUCGACUCGGCCACGGAAUGCACCAAUACCAACACCUGGAGGGCUCCUUCUUGUACUGCAGCGCCGGGCGAGAACGUCACGUCGCACUUGUAUUACGAGCUCAAUUCGCCACAAGCUGUCAAGUGCCUGAAGGUCGCCAAGCCCGAGGGAGGAGGCGGCGGAGGUGGCGGAGGCGGCGGAGGCGGCGGAGGAGGACGCCGUCUCCAGAGAUCGCCGGCACCGAUGAGGGUCUACGGGUGUGAUUCGCAAUAUUCUUCCAUGGAGAACAGUUCCGGCCUGUUCGAUGCAAAUGGGCAGCCCUUUUCCAUACCGGCUCAUUGCGUUCGGUACGAUGACAUUGUCAUUGAGGACUACAGCCGCACGCCCGCGAUUCGCCUCCGACAAGACUGCCUCUAUCCUGUCACAGUCGAGGCUGCGCGUGUGGCUGUUGCGGCCGGUGAGGACAAGAUCUUGGGCUCGAGGUUGAGAUGCUACUGCACACAGCAGAUCGCCAAAGACACCUUCUUGCGGAUCCCAGGCUACUAUGACAAAAACGAGAACGAAGCCGCAGAGAUCUGCGAAGAUUUCAUCUGGCACCAGGGCACCCAGUUGGGUGUUCGCAUGGGUGGCGUUGUGGCCGUGAUGGUCAUCAACAACAUCUUGCUGGUGCUGUUCGCGUACUUCGACAGUCUGGGCAGGUAUCAGACUGCCACAGACCUCGCCGCUUCGCAGGUGUUCAACCUCUUCUUGGCCACUUUGGUGAACACGGCAAUCGUCUACAACUUGAUUGGUAUAAACUUCUACACGAAUGACAACUCCUUGUUCGGAGCGCUCAAUUUCGGCCAAGGACCUCACGACGAUCUGAAUCCAAGUUGGUUCGUCACCAUCGGCAACAUGCUUGUGAUCACGAUCAUCUGUCAGAUCGCGUGCUCCGUGGCGCUUCCCGUCCUUUGGGUGUUGACGGUCGACCCGCUCAUACGGUGGUUCUUCUGCAAAGACACGCACUCUCAAGAGCUGCUGAACGAGUACCACGUACUGCCUGAGUGGACACUGUCGCUGCGAGUGGCCGAGACGCUGGUCGUGGUCUUCUGUGUCUUGAUGUACUCCUCUGGCUUUCCUGUGCUCUACAUUUUCGGCGCAAUCUAUUGCGCCUUUGCCUUCUGGGCUGAUAAGUAUGCCCUUCUCCGUGGCUCCAGGAAACCCCCUGGCUACACCAAGAGCGCCAUCGAGAGUGCAGUGAUCAUGUGCCCUUUCGCUGUUCUGUUCCACUUGUUGUUCACCAUCUGGCUCUUUGGCAACCAGGACAUCAUGCCCAGCAACUGGGGCAGCUUGAAUAGCUUCACAUCAAGCUUGUCUGGAGUCACCCCAGAGGAGUACGACCGAAUCAUGGAGAUCGUCGCACAGUCCGGCUUUGAUGUGCGCGGACAACAGUACAGAGAGUACCUGCAGGCCAGAAUGGCAGAUGCCGGCCGAGCAGCUGCUGAGCCGUCAUUUUGGCUCCUGAUGGUCGUGCUGAUCUACUAUGCGACGGUUAUCCUCCGAGCGCUUUUCGCGCCUUGCAUCGGAAAUCGCUUGAACUCGCUGGGGGAGACCGUCCUCAAGGGACUGGGGAUCAUCCGAGAUGCGGAACAAGAAACCGUGACACUGACCGAUGCGAGAGAAAGAGGGGACAUCAAGAACUUGCUCUCCUACAGGAUGUCGGAGAACCCGAACUACGAGGAGGCUGUCCUGGCUCUGAAAUUUGACCCGGACGCCGGCGACAAGGAGGCAAAGGAUACCAGAAAGUCCCAGAAGGGCGUCUCUUUCACAUCGAUGGAGGAGGGUCUGGAGCGUGCUGUGGAGAAGCAGGUGCACGCAGCGGAGAACCUUUUUUCUUCGGCCAUCCAAGGGUUGAAAGUUCUCUCCCGUGGCGCCUCGCGACACAGUGAAGAGGGAACCUUGGAGCAGCGGGCCAUCGGCGAGAGAGUCGUCAUCUGA